AAAGGAGCAGAACCACACACAUUCCUGCUCCCAAUCUCACAGUGAUUCCGAGGCAGAAGGAAAGGGGGAAGGGGAAGGAGGUAAAGAGAGUGUGGGAGAGGGGAGGAGAAGAGGGGGGAUCGUUGAACGGACACAGCCCCCCCCAUCCCAAGCUGUUUCAGUUCCCGUCCACUCACGUGGGAGUCAGUAUGUUGUGGAGUUUGAGACGGAAUGUGGACGCCGCUGCAGGAAACAUGCGAUUUUAGAAAGGACGCGUGUCAUUGGGUCACAGGAUCGCCCCCUGGGAAGAUUUUGGAAGUCAUCCAUAACGCCACGAACAGCAUGGUGGUUGGAGCUGAUCUGUAUGCAGAGUGAAAUCUAUCAUGACUGUGAUGUCAUUGCCACACCGCAGAUACUGAGCCAUGGGUAACACAGAAAGUCAUAGCGGCGGCCAUGGUUACUAUGGAGACGGUCAGCGGCACCUCUCCCGUAAGCACAUGUCCCGCUCGCUCCGUCUGUCCAGCAAGCAGACGUAUUGUUCCCGCCGAACGCCGUCUGGAAAGCCGGAGCACCGCAACUCCGAGACCAGCACCCGCUCCAGCAGCACUCCCAGCAUCCCUCAGUCGCUGGCCGACCACGGCCUGGAGCCCUUCAACGACUCGGACAUGCUGCCCGACUUCAGCGGUCCAAUUUGGGUGGACCGCGUGGCCAUGAAUCUCCGACCCAUGUCCUUCCACAAUCAUCCGGCCCAUUCUCCCACAGCGUCCCACACCGUCACCGCCAAACCGGCCGACGCCGAGCCACCAGAGGACACGACUCAAGUCCAGCACACACGGGACGGCUCCCAAGAGGGGUCCAGCUUUAAGAAGAAACGCUCCAAGUCUGCAGACAUGUGGAGGGAGGACUCGCUGGAGGUGUCCUUAUCCGACCUGAGCCAGGAGCACCUGACCAGCACGGAGGAGAUCGGAGACACGCCCGAAGACUGUGAAGCCCGUUUGCAGGCGUCUGCUCAGGAGCUGCUGGACUCGACCCGCGCCAAUUCUUUAGACGAGCUCUACGGACCGAAGAGCCCCACCUGCAGGCCGACACAUGGACGCUAUGCCAAAUGGCACAAGGGUGGCACUACAAGCAGAGAAGGUGACGAGGAUAAAAUUAUCUCACCCUGCGAGGACGAUGGCGCCGCCUACGGUGCGUACACACUGCCCUGCCGCCGGUCUCACUGUCUGUCAGAGGGACCGACCAAUCAUCAAGGAGUCAUGCAAGGGAGGCGGGCACAAACCAUACAGGAUGUCACGGCAGGAGACGGCAGCGAUUAUGAGGACAGCGGUAUCGAUGGGCUGACGGGGGACAGCGAGGCGUCUCAGCAUCAGGCUCGCCGCUACAAGACCAUGUCUGCGUCGUUCUCCGUAUACUCCACGUCAGCAGGGGGCGCCUUCACCGGGAGCGACAGUGGGAGCAGCAGCGGGGCUGGAGCGGGGCCCUCAGACGGCACACAGGGUGUCUAUGAGAACUUCCGUCAGGAGCUGGAGCAGAACGUGAGCCCGGCGGAGGUUCCCGAGGAGAGAAGCUCAGCGUUCAGCGACGAGCAGAGCAGCGUGACGCUGAGCUCCGCCUACCACACGGACCCGCUGCUGAACGUGGCCGCCGUACAGGGUACGGUGCGCAAAGCCGGACGCCUCGCCGUCAAAAACUUCCUGGUGCAUAAAAAGAGCAAGAAGGUGGAGCUCGCCCCUCGCCGCAAGUGGAAGAGCUACUGGGUGUCUCUCAAAGGAUGCACUCUGUUUUUCUACGAGACAGACGGGCGAUCGGGCAUCGAUCACAACAGCAUCCCUAAACAUGCAGUGUGGGCUGAGAACAGCAUCGUCCAGGCCGUCCCAGAACACCCCAAAAAAGAUUUCGUCUUCUGCCUGAGUAACUCGCUUGGAGACUCCUUCCUGUUUCAGACUUGCAGUCAGACAGAGCUUGAAAACUGGAUCACUGCCAUCCACUCAGCCUGCGCCGCGGCCUUCGCUCGGCAGCAUCACCGCGAGGACACGGUGCGUCUGCUGCGGGCGGAGAUACGAAAGCUGGAGCAGAAGAUCGACAUGGAUGAGAAGAUGAAGAAAAUGGGAGAUAUGCAGCUCUCUGCUGUCACUGACUCCAAGAAGAGGAAGACCAUUCUGGAGCAGAUUUUCCUCUGGGAGCAGAAUUUAGAGCAGUUCCACAUGGAUCUGUUUCGGUUCCGCUGUUACCUGUCCAGCCUGCAGGGCGGCGAGCUUCCCAACCCCAAACGCCUGCUGGCCUUCGCCUCCCGUCCCACCAAACUGGCCAUGGGCCGACUGGGCAUCUUUUCGGUCUCCUCCUUCCAUGCGCUGGUGGCGGCUCGCACUGAGAGCGGCGUGAGGCGUCGGACGCAAGCGAUGUCGCGCUCAACCAGCAAACGCAAGAGUCGCUUCUCCUCACUAUGGGGUCUGGACACCCACUCCAAGAGAAAGAGUAAAGGUCAUCCCAGCAUUAACCAGGUUUUUGCAGAGGGAGAUGAUCCAGUUAAAAGCCCUCUAGAAGGCAUGUUUGAGGGUUCUUCCAGUGAGACAACGAAAGACACCAAGACCCCAGUGAAAGGUCUGCCAAGACCCAGCACGGAUCAUGACAUCUGGUCCAGAGACCACCUCACUCCAUCAUGGGUGUUGCUGCCAAACGACCAGCCUGUGUUAGCCAUCAUCCAGCCCGGAGAGUCGGCCCUCGACAUGCUGGAAACUAUCUGCAAGGCUCACCAACUGGACGCCACUAAACACUACGUGCGGCUUAAGUUCCUCAUUGAGAACCAAGUGCAGUUCUACAUCCCCAAACCGGAGGAGGAUAUUUAUGAUCUGCUGUAUAAGGAAAUCGAGCUCUGCUGUAAGAUCAGGAAGGUGAUCCAGUUUGAUCGGGAUGAAUCCUGCAUGAUCGGCUACGGUUUUUCUAUCUCUGUGGUGGAGGAGGACAGCGUGCAGCAGCUCUAUAUCACUGACGUGAGAGCUGGAGGAUUAGCUUUCGCUAAAGGUCUGAAUGCGGGAGAUGAGAUUCUACAGCUGAACCGGAAGGAUGCGCGCACUCUGACCUUUGCUGACAUGAAGGUGGCGUUCGCUCAGGUCUCUCUCUCUCUCACCGUUAACACGCUGCCCCCUGUUGACCGCCGACAGCUCUGCUUCCUGCCGCCGAGACGCUCUGACGCAGUGGACAACCUCUACACGGACAUCUUCUCUCAGAGUCAGGAGGAGAUUCUUGACGAUGGGGUGGGUCUGAUUGUGGAGACGUCAGGAGAUGGUUUAGACGACGACUCGGAGCUCUUCGCUGAGUUUGACGACUGCAACAGACACAGCAAACGCUCGUCCGACUCAAUCUAUGACCUGCUACACCUGAGUACAGAGCAGGUCGCAGCUUUCUGCCGCAGUCUGCACGAAAUGAAUCCCUCAUCCGAUGUCGUCUCUCCUUCAUCCGGCCCGGAGUCUUCCUCGCUCCCUCCGAGCAACGCCACUCCACGCCAGCUGUCCGAUGCCGACAAACUCCGCAAAGUCAUCUGCGAACUGGUGGAGACGGAGCGCACCUAUGUCAAAGAUCUGAACUGUUUGAUCGGGCGAUAUCUAACCCCUCUGCAGAAGGAGUCUUUCCUCACUCAGGAUGAGCUGGACGUGCUGUUCGGAAACCUCCCGGAGAUGCUGGAAUUCCAGGUGGAGUUUUUGAAGACUCUGGAAGACGGAACCCGACUGGUGCCGGACCUGGAGAAACUGGAGCGAGUGGAAGAGUUCAAGAAAAUCCUCUUUUCUCUGGGUGGCUCGUUCCUGUAUUACGCCGACCGCUUCAAGAUCUACAGCGCUUUCUGUGCCAGCCACACUAAAGUGCCCAAAGUGCUGGUCAAAGCGAAGACAGACGCGGCCUUCAAGGCGUUUCUGGACGAGCGCAACCCCAAACAGCAGCAUUCGUCCACGCUGGAGUCAUACCUGAUCAAACCCAUCCAGAGAGUGCUGAAAUACCCUCUGCUGCUGAGAGAGCUGCACUCGCUCACCGACCCUGACAGCGAGGAGCACUACCAUCUGAACGUUGCAAUGAAAGCCAUGAACACGGUGGCCAGCCACAUCAACGAGAUGCAGAAGAUCCACGAGGAGUUUGGAGCCGUGUUUGACCUCCUCAUCUCUGAACAGACUGGAGAAAAGAAAGAGGUUGCCGACUUGUCUAUGGGAGAUUUACUCCUCCACACCAGCGUGACAUGGAUCAACCCGUCCUCCUCACUUGGGAAGUGCAAGAAAGAGCCACAGCUGGCCACAUUCGUGUUCAAAACCGCUGUUGUGUUCAUCUGUAAAGAUUACUCCAAACAGAAGAAGAAAAUGGGUGGUUCCCAUAGAGCAUCGGUCUCAGGUGAGGAGAAAGAUCCGUUCCGUUUCCGUCACAUGAUCCCCACUGAUGCGCUUCAGGUGCGCACACUGUCCAAUACAGAUGGAGAGAGCGCAGCCGUCUGUGAGAUCAUCCAUGUGAAGUCUGAAUCAGAGGGAAGACCAGAGAGAGUGUUUCAGCUCUGCUGCAGCUCUCCCGAGAGUAAGAAAGACUUCUUGAAGAUGGUUCACUCCAUCCUGAGAGAUAAACAGCGCCGUCAGCUGUUGAAGACUGAAAGCCUUCCUCUCAGUCAGCAGUACGUUCCCUUCGGAGGAAAACGCCUGUGCGCUCUUAAAGGAGCCCGACCAGCCAUGAACAGAGCAGUUUCUGCUCCGACUCGCACUCUGGGCCGAAGGAAACUAGUUCGGAACCGCUUCACCAUCGACACGGACAUCGUUUUCGACACGGAGCCCGACAGCGACUCGCCCGACUCCCAACAUGCUCAGCAGCAGGGCGUCAUCCCGGCGGGCGACACGGACCGCUGGGUGGAGGAACAGUUUGACCUUCAGCGCUACGAGGAGCAGGAACAGGACGUGAAGGAAACGGACAUCCUGAGCGACGACGACGACUUCUGUCCGUCCGCCAUGAGCCCGUCCACCGAGCCGGACGCGGAGGGACUGCUUUCCGCCCUCUCGCUGGAGGGAGACACGGCUGAGGAGGAAGAAGAGGAGGAGGACGAGGAAAUAGAGAGCAAGAAGGACUACAAAUCCCAGCAUGCCAAGCUGUCUCAUUUAGGGAAGCAGUGCGCCAUGUCAGUGGCCAGUGUGGAUGAGCAGGCGCUGCCUGAUGAGGUCAUCUGGGUCAGACGGGACAGCAGCACAGAGAACGAGACACAGGAUGAAACCCAGAGCUGAAACGCAUCAGGAGACGCUCAGCCGAUGCAUGACCACGGUUCCUCCACACUAAUAUUCCCGAAUUCCUGUCGAAACAGCUGUAAGAUAUGAUGCUUAUCCACCAUAGACACUUGAACACAUUAGAUGAGCUCUACAUGUGCGCUGUGGCCAAUCAGAAACCGCGGGAAUCGUGGUGGUACAAUCAAUAGAAUUAGAAUUGCACAUUCGCCAUUGGCAGCCGCAAACGUUUGAACGCCAAACAUUUUCGUUGUUUAUUUCCAAAAUAAGGGCUGUGAUUUAUUUAUUAUGUCCUUUAGAUGUAAGACAGCCGAUAAAAUAUGAUGCAUUUUUGUUUGUUUGACAUUCUCAUAUUUGUACAGAGCUGUAAACGCCUUUUUUUUUCUUUGGAUUUGUAUAUAUUUGCGUUUAUUUCUUUUCAGUUUAUGCGAAAUGUACAUACUGCGCACUAUUCUGACCUGAAACAUACAUGUGAGUUGAAUAUUCAUUGAGUAAUUGUGUUGAAUAUUGAUUGAUCUCAGGUCAAAAUAAUGCUGAACGGAUUUUUUAUGAUUGCUUUUUUUUACAGCUCAUUCUUAGGUCACUAUGUCCUGUUUUACUUGAAUUUUGUUGAUAAAUGCAAUAUGAUUUUUAGCUGAUGGACUGUUCUGUUCUUGUUUAUAUGGUUUGUUGUGGUUCAGCCCUGCUUUACUGACACAUUACAGGGUUAGUUCACCCAAAAGUGAAAAUUCUGUCAUUAAUUACUCACCCUCAUGCCGUUCCACACCCGUAAGACCUUCGUUCAUCUUUGGAACACAAAUUAAGAUA